AAUUUUUGGGACGUUACAUUAUCAUAUUCGUCGUUAAUUGCAUACUCCCAAGGUGUGCGAGUGGUUGCGUCAGCAAAGUUGCACAGAGCAGUUACGUUUUCGAUCAGUCGAUUAACCAGUUCCACUGAACCAUUUUGACAUUGCAAUUAUAUGUCUCCUAAAACCUCGUUAAACCCGUUAGCGGAAGUGGAAGAGUUUAGCUGGACAGGCUUGCUACAACUUGGUUAUUGGACCGUCACAAUAUGAUGUGAUAUUGGACCGUCGCAAUAACAGUUGCGAAGGAAAGAACGAAGGAAAUUCAGAGGUCUCAUGCAAGUUUGGCUAAAGCAUUCUUGAAAUGUUAAUUGGUGAUGUAUAAUCCCAAUUUCGAAGUUUUUUGGUGUUUUUUAACUUUUUUUUGGCAUCAUUUGGCUUCACUGCAUAACUUUUUGUUUGUACAAAUUAGCUUCAUCUUAAUGAAAUUCACAUAUUUAUCAAAAAAGAAAAAGUGAUAUAUAUAUAUAUAUAUAUUUAUUUAUUUAUUUCAUGUACAUACUCGUGUACUCUGAUUACUUUGGCCGUCACCAGAUUUAUAGUGCUGUAAUAUUUGAUUCGAAAAUUAUUUUUGUCGAGGAAUGUUCCACAAAUCUUGUAAUCUUACAAGUUCUAAAAGCACAUGAAUAUGAAAUUCAGUGAAAUUGGAUUUCCCUAUUUUUGUUAUAUCCUAAUCGAUUUUUUUUACUGUACCCUAAUGAAAUAUUGAGAAACCAUAUUAUCGCAUAUCAAUUUUAUCCCGUUCACUCAUUGUACUUAUAAUGUUGAGCAUAUCUUCUUCACUCCCGACUGUAUAUAUGUACAUAAAAUUAAGUUUUGGCAAAAUAUAUAUUCCCCUCUAUCUAUAAUAAUUUACACAAGUUUAGUACAUUACUGUAGGAUUCACAACCAAAUAGAUAGUUUGACUUUGUAUUACAUUGGCUAGUUUGUGCUCUAUAUAUUGGAUUCAAAUUGAAUAAUGUGCAUGUUUGAAUUAUAUAAACACUAAAUUAAGUAAUAAUUUUUUUUAAAAAAAACUGUAUUGCAUUAAAGAGGAUCCGAACGAAAACAAAAUCUGUUUAAACUUUUUAAACACGUUGCGCGAUAUCUAUUUUAUAAAAUAUAACUUAUAUAACGUUCGACCGAACCGUUACAUUUUGAUUUUUGAAAAAAAAAUAUCGCUGAGUCUAGUUAAUUAGACCGUUUUAGAUAGUUUAUUUUUUUUGACAAAAUAUCAAAUUAAAAUCACCAAAAAACUAUUAAAAAUUUAUGAUUAGUUGUAAGGUCAUUUUUAAAUAACUGUUACUUUGUAAAUCUAAAGUCUAAUUUUAUUAGAUUGAGCCUGCAUCUAUACAUUUUUAUAUAAGUAAAGAUGCAUCUGUGUGGACUAAUUGUAACAAAAUAAAUUUAAACCAGAAGUAGAAAAAAAAAGGAAGGGAAUGACAAUGAAGAAGUUAAGAGAUAUGGAAUGUUUUGCUUCACGCAAAGAGCUUAAUACGAGACAAGUACGAUUGAUCGCGUGGCUUUAAAGAAUUUUUUUUUUUCCAUCUUGUCUUAACCGUCUAAGUUUUUUGGUAAUAGUACAACUAAUUAAAUGAUAUUUUAAAAGAAAAGUAUAAAUGAUUUAUACUUUUGACAGCAUUUGUUUUCUUAACUGCUAGUAGUACAGUAAAAUUCUAUAAAUUAGUAGUGUUGGAUCUUUAAUUAUUUAUUAAUUUACAAAAAAAAUUCUCUUCUAUAUUUGCAUGUGAAAAUAAGAAAAAUAUUUGAUUUUACUAUAUAUAUAUAUUAAUUAAAUUUUACAUAUACAAACUAUACAAUAUAUUUUUAUAUUUAUAAAAAUUUUAUAUUAAUUUAUGUUUACAUUGGGACCAUAUAUUUACAUAUUUUUUUUUCAAAAAGUUACUAUCUUAUUAUUUUAUCUAAAUUUGUCAUUUUUGAUAUCACCUCAAUUCGGGUUGCUAAAAGUUAAUUUAUUCUGAAACCCUCUUGUCCAGUGGUUUGACCAAUGGUUCAUCAAUGCUUUUACACCAGCAGGUCUAGGUUUCGAUGCCUGGAGAAAGCGGAAUUAUGCGAAUUAAUGAAGAAACAACUUACAAGAGAUUAGCAGCAUGGCGUAAGGAGUACCGUCAUGGGUGGAUCCGAUAGGGCGGCUUAAAUGAUGCAGUCAGACGUGAAUCUUCAUAAGGCAUGUAGAAUUAUCGGCGGUAGAAUCGUUUGUAAUAUUUCUCCGAGUUUGUAAUAGCAUAAUAUAUCCAGUGCUAAAAAAAACUUAAUUUAUUAUGCUUAUUUAUUUAUUAAAUACUAUUAGAUACUACAAUUAAUUAAUGUAUUAUUGGGGGAAAUAAAAAGUUUCCAAUAAGCACCAACCAAGCCCUAGUUUUGUUUACGUCCGACUCCUCUCUUUCUCUCCCAAACGUUCCCAAUUUUUCCUGCUAAUCAACCUAACCUGGUUGAAUUAGCUCCAUAUAUAUCUCUCAAAACCCUAAUCAGGAAGAUGAGCAGUAGCGGAAGCCCUAGCAGCAGCGGUGGAGGUGGACCGUGUGGCGCCUGUAAGUUCUUGAGACGGAAGUGCGUUCCCGGCUGCAUAUUCGCACCCUAUUUCGACUCCGAUCAAGGAGCGGCGCACUUUGCGGCGGUUCAUAAGGUGUUCGGAGCGAGCAACGUUUCAAAACUCCUCCACCAUAUUCCCGAGCAUAAACGGGCAGACGCUGUCGUUUCAAUCUGUUUCGAGGCUCAGUCUCGUCUCCGAGACCCUAUCUACGGCUGCGUCUCCCACAUCGUCUCUCUUCAGCAACAGGUGGUGAGUUUGCAAAAUGAGCUUUCAUAUGUACAAGCACAUUUAGCAACUCUAGAGCUGCCACAGCCACCGCCGGCCACGGUGACGUCUUCUGGAUCUCUGCCGCCUCUUUCCAUAUCAGACCUGCCCACAAUAACACCGUCGAUGUACGACCUCUCCCCAAUCUUUGAGCCGAUGUCAUCCACGUGGCCCAUGCAGCAACAACCUCGGCCGUCGGAUCAUCUCUUCGGUGUCUCGCAAUCGUCCAGUAUCGGAGGAGGCGGCGAGUUCCAAGCUAUUGCACGUGAGUUUCUUCACGGUGGGCAGAUGUCAGCUCAUCAGCCGCCGCCGGAGACCGGUGGUUCUGCCCCAACAGUGAUAAAAAGAGAAUGAUGCUUAUAUUAUAUAUAUAUAUAUAUAUGUUGGUUCAGUUUUGGACCUUAUGAGAUCUAUAAUUAGCCAUAUGCUCCUCUUUGUUAUAUGUAUUUAUAAUACUUGGUCGAAGAAUUCGCAUUUUAAUUUUUGGCUAUAAUAUAUGUGAUACUCAAUUGAAAUUAAAUGUUGGGCUCUAAAUAAAGAAGAAACCAGAGAGCAAAAAUAGAAGAGAAUAUGCCUAUGUCAACCAGGAGGAUAUGAUUCAACUGAGUCCACAGAA